UCCGUAUUAAAUUCGUUCCAAAUUCGAAAAAUGGAUAAAAGUGACAAGAAACACAUGAAGAAGAAAAAAGAAAAAGAGAAAAUGAAAGCCUUGGAGACCCCAGAAGAAAAGCGAGCGAGAAGAUUAGCUAAGAAGCUUGCUAAAAGUAGAAAGGCAAAGGAGAAGAUGGGAUGGGAUGAAGAGUUAUUGGGCUACACAAACCAAGACAAUCCAUUUGGAGAUGAGCACUGGUCGGAUACAUUUGUGUGGCACAAAAAGCUGGAGAAUGAGGGCAAAGCAGACAUAUCACUGAGAGAGAUUGAGAAGUUGCAGAAGAGGAAGAUGAUUGAAAAUAAAAUGGAACUUGAGAAAGUGAAAAAGAGAAGAAUGGAGAGAGAACGAGAGAGACAGGAGCGAGAUAAUGAGCAGGUGAUGAUUCAAAGACAGAAGGAAGCUGAAUAUUUCCGGCUGUGGGAGAGGCAAGAAGAUUCUUUCCAUCUGCAGCAGGCCAAGUUGAGGUCUAAGAUCAGAAUUGAUGAUGGCAGAGCGAAACCAAUAGACUUGCUUGCACAGUAUAUAAGUGCUGAAGAUAAUGAUCUUGCCAUUGAAAUGACGGAACCUUACAACUUUCUAAAUGGUCUCACAAUUCAAGAUCUGGAGGAUUUGUUAGUGGACAUCAAGGUGUACGUGGAGUUGGAGCAGGGAAAAAAUGUUGAUUACUGGAAGGACAUCACCAUCGUCACUGAAGAGGAACUGAACAAGUUGAAGAAACUUGAGUACAACACAGCUGAUAGAAGAUCCAGCAUUCACCCGGCUGUCAUGGGUGAUUUAGCAAAUGUAUUCAAAGGACAGUCAUUAUCUCAAUUGAACCAGCUCGAGCAGCAGAUCAAAGACAAGUUGAAAGGAGGAGAAGGCAUCGACAUUGGUUACUGGGAGAGCUUAUCGGACCUGCUGAAGGCGCACAUGGCGAAGCAGAGGCUGAGGGAGAGGCACCAGGAACAGCUGAGGCACAAGUUGUUCAAGUUGAAACAAGAACAAUGCAUAGAGACACAGCCACUGUUUCCAAUUGUGAGGAGCAGUCAUCCAGCCACCAUCUCCAAAGCACCAAGUCCAACAAAGGACGAAAUAGAAAACAAGCAGGACAAAGAUACAGAAGCCGGCAAGUUUGAAGAAAAUUCUGCAAACGUCGAUGACGAGAAUGAGGAUGAUGGAAAUGAAGAUGAAUUGCUAGAUGAAGAAGAAAUAUGCCUGAGAGAAUAUUCAUCGGGCCGUUACUCGCCAACUUUAAUUCAACUCGACCAGGUGCCACCCGCCAUUGUGAUCGUUGACCGAUCAGAAGAUCUCAAAAGGUUGAAGUUUGCAAGACAGCUAGUUAUCAACACUGGGCAGGCGCAGAGGGAUGAAGAGGAGGAACUGAUGAAGCAGGCAAGAGCAGGAAUGAAUGAAGAUGAGGUUCAGUUCAGUGUUGAGGUAGCAUUGAAGCCCGAGGCAUCUGUCUGGUCCGAUAAGUACCGACCCAGGAAGCCCAGGUUCUUCAACAGAGUUCAUACUGGAUUCGAGUGGAACAAAUACAACCAGACGCAUUAUGAUAUCGACAAUCCUCCUCCAAAAAUUGUUCAAGGAUACAAAUUUAAUAUUUUCUAUCCCGAUUUGAUCGACAAAACAAAAACUCCUCAAUACAAAGUGACUCCUACAGAGGAUAAAGAUUUUGCCGUUCUACGUUUUCACGCCAGUGCCCCUUACGAGGACAUCGCAUUCAAGAUAGUGAAUCGAGAGUGGGAGCAUUCGUACAGAAGAGGAUUCAGAUGUCAAUUUCAAAACAACAUCUUCCAACUGUGGUUCCAUUUCAAGAGAUACAGAUACAGGAGAUAGAGGGGAAGGAAUGUAUAAUAUGUUUGAAGAGAAUAAACAUUUUAAAAGUUGAAAUUAGUAAGGGACAAAUUUCAUGGAAUGCAGUUGUCUUUUGAAAAUUAAAUGAAUGUAGCAAAAAUAUUUAUUAAUGACCAUAAAAAACAGUCAAGUGAUUCUAAAUUUAUCAUGUCACUUGCAUUUCAUCAGAUUAAUAUAUAAAAAUGUAUGUUCUGUAGUUGGUCAUUUUAUUAUAACAUAUUUUACUAUUGAUAAAUUAAAAACAUAACUAAUUUUUGAAAUAUAGUUAGCUUUUAAUAAUUUAUUUGC